GCCGCACAGAACCAACAGCGCAGCAGGCGUGGCUUAUAUAAAGAUGUGAGUUUGUCGGAAGAGGAAAGGGACGGAGCGGUGUGUGCCGUGUGCGGGAAAGCUAUUUAUCUACGUUUGUGUGUAGGUGGGAUUUUGCUCGUUGCAUGUUGCAGCAGCUGCGUCAUUGUUGACUUUGGUUUGGGGUACCUGACCUGGCCUGACUGAAUCCGCACACGAUAGCCGUUUGGUGCAUCUCUCCGCGGGUUUACGGGGUACGACGUAAGGGCCGCGAGCGGCUGCAGACGUACAUAAAGGAGGGGAGGGCCCAACCAUAUCCACGAGACCUCUCCCCUCAGGCGGCGGCACGCACAACACCAAUUGAAGCUGAACCGAACGUGGAAACUUCAAUUCCUCGACGACUCCAAACUAUUGCCAAUAAAGAAAUGGACGUCCUCCUCCAGCAGCACCAGCAACAACAAGCCGCCAUGCUCUCCAUACUCCCGCCCUCCACCACCCUCCCGAACGUCCUCACAGCCGCAGCGCAUCUACACCUCCUCUCCUUCGCGCUAACCCUCGUCCUCCCCCUCAUAACCCUGCUCUACAUCCACCGCGACUACCAAGCCUUCCUCUCCCUCGGACCCGGUGGCACGCCCAGCACGCCCCUCGGCUACGCGAAGAUCAAGCUGCUCUCUCUGAUCUGCCUGCGCCAUCCGCGACGCCCGGUCGCCGUGCCGCCGCACUUCCGCCCGCAGAAAGGCUACCUGCCCGCGCUUCGCACAAGACCCGGAGAACGGCCCGUGGUGCAAGGCAUCGCGCCGCAGCGGCAGCAGACGCAGCGGUCGUCCGAGGAGAUAUACAGGGGCCUAGUGGGCGCAAUGCGGCGGCUGAUCGGCGAGCCGGCGAACUGUCUGCUCGAGCGGACGAGCUGCUUCGAGAAGCACAGCUCGGGUAUUUUCGCCAGCACGCCGAUUACGCGGACGUGCGGUGGAGAAGUGUGCCACGCGCAUCCGUCGGACGGGUCGCUACACAUGACGCUGCAUCCGGCGGACGCGAAGAUUGUGCUCGAGAGUGGCUGGGGCGAACGACAUCCGCUGGCACGAGGAGGCUGGUGCAGGCGAUUCGUACCGAGGGAGUUUGUGCUGAUAUAUGCGCCCCGGAACGAGCAGGAGAUCGAAGUCGUCAUGCGCAUCAUUGCUGCGGGAGUGUGGUGGGUUGCUGGAAUUGACGUGCACAAGGACGGGCGGGAUAGGAGAGACUCGGGAGCGGAUGCGGAGGCACCGCUAAGUGCGCAGGCGGAGACCGAAUGCCAUGCAUGUAGAGUCCAUGGGUGCGGCAGGAAAAGUGUAGAGAAAAUGACAGGGGACGCAUGAGUUGGCAGAGAGCGCAAGAAAAUGAAAUUGGCAUGAAGCAGCGUUAAAAAGCUAAAAAUUGAAUUAGUGCAGAUCAGAGGCUGGAGCUGCUAACCAGGAAGCCCGGUGAGGUGUCUCUGUGGUCGGCUGGAUGAUAGUGGAUAAAAGGUAGAGGAACGAAAUCCCAAAUAAGACGACCAGAUAGAUGUGUUCCCGAUCAUGUUUUUAUCCGCAGUCUAUGUGUAUCCGUACCUACGCCUGGUUAGAUGGACUGCUACUCGGGGAGCACCUUUUUAAACCCCGCCUUUACUUUCCAGUGUUCUCCCAGAAGCAGCGCCUUUUCAUUGCUUUCCGCCAGUCUUCGCCCAGUGGGCAUACUCUUUCCUCUUUCCCCUGACGUCCCAGAAACCUCUCCUCCCUUCUCCCUUCCCUCCAAUGCCGCCGUCAAGCCCCAAGAACGCAUACGGAUCCCCUUCGCUCAGCACCUCCUCACCCUCCCUUGUCCA